AUGUCGGAUCAUUCCGGCGUCACUUCCACCGCAUCUCAGAUCCCAUCCCCGCGUAGAGCCCCCCAGAUUGUCAUUUCUUCGUCUUCCUCCUCACCUUGUCCUUCUCCCCCCACUUCUUCUUCUUCUUUUAAUCCUUACUUCCCCAUUCCUGACUUACUUGAGCCCAUUGCUAUCAUGAGCUCUCCCUCUGCCCACUCUCCUUCAGCCUGGGACCUAAAGGAGGCGGUCGAGCUCGAUGCCUAUAUCGAGCAACAGGCCGACUCCACCCCUUCCCCCAAGUCCCCCCAUGACUCCCCUGGCGGAGCCCAGGGAGGAGCUGGGGAGGAUAGGGAUUCCCCCGAGGGGGCUCCUGCCCCUGAGUAG